AUGCCCGACAUAGACAAGGAGAACACGCCCUCCCCACCGCGCCAGGCACACAGGGCGCGCAGAGAGGUCAUCGCGGAGUUCGGGCACGGCCGCGCGCGCCUCCGGGUGCGCCCGGUGGGUGGCACACAUACAGGCGAGAGGCGGACGCCCGAGGCCCCGCCCGGGAUCGUGCACCCGCUGCGGCGGGCGGUGCACGCGCGGGACGUGGAAGGGGGAGCGGGGAGUGGGGAGGAGAGGGACACAAGCAAUGGGAAUGCGGAUAAGAGAGACAACUUGAAGCCUGAGGGGACGGAGAAGGAGCCGCAGGCGAAAGAGCUGGUGCGCCGGGUGGACCCAGCGCCGGUCACGAACCAGCGCUCAAGCGGGGAACGAGACUGGGGCGGCCCGUGGGAUCGCCCGCGCGGUUCCACUGGGCAGCCCAGCAACCUGAAUCGUCCGUGGCUGACGGUCCACGUCGCUCCGCAUGCUGAUCCCAACCCCGUGCAGCCAGCCCCGCGAUUUAGGAACGGCAUCGGCGGCGGCGGGUGGCAUAACCCCGCAGCGAACCAAUUGCACCAAAACCAAAACAACACAGACUACACCCAUUUCCAGACCCACGCCCCGGCACCCCAGGCGCAGCUGCCCUUCCCGCACAACAUCCCGCGCAACUUCCUGCGCGACAUGCCAUUGCCACUCUCAGGGGCCCUGUCGCUCCCGGCGUCCCCGCCCUUCCCGCCCUUCCCCGGCGCGCCCCCGUUCGCCCCCGGAGCGCCCGUCAACUUCGACGACAGCUACAUGGACCCGGAGCCGGGCGCGUACGAGGCGGUGCUCCAGCGGUGCGUGCAGUGCGGGUACUUCAACUGCCAGGCCGUGCGCACCCUCGGCGCCGUCCCGUGCCCCCUCGACACCCAGCCCCAGGCCCCGGCGCAGUAUCAGCCACAGAUGAGUCCCCGGUUCGGAUGCGGGCCGCGCAGCCCGCGCUUCCCGCCCCCACCGCACAUCAACGCAGCGGACGCGUACGAGCCGCCCCGCCGGUACACCGUCCCGACGCUCCCCGGCCUCGCGUCGCCGCACCUUCUCCACCAGGCCGCGCCGCCCGCGCAGAACCAGCCCGUGACCACGCCGUACGGCCCGCCACCGGCCCCGGCCCCGCAGCAGCGCCGCCGGCUGUCCGUCCCGGAGGCCGUCCGCGCCGCGGCGAGCCGGUUGACUACCGCUCGGCCUCCGCCGCCGCUCGUUCUCUCGGCGCCGCCGGCCGAGGCUAUUGGACCCGCCGCCGUGGCUCCAGCUGUCAUUCCGCUUCACCAGCUGCGGCCCGCGCCGCGGCGCCGUGUGGCCCUGCGGCCCCCGCGCCACGCCCUCCGCUUCGCACAGCCGCCGCCCCCGCUGGUCGCAGGGACGCGCCUCUACCCGCACCUCGCGAUCCCGCGCGCGCCGAACGCCGCCGGGUGGACGCACGCGAACACGGGCGGGUGCCGGCUCUUCCGCCUCGGCGUGGCGCACCUCGCGCCCGUGGAGGGGAAGGAGGAGAAGGAGGCGUAG